CCAGGGCAUAGUCUACUGUGAGGUUGGUCAGAGAGGAUGGAUCACGCCAGUCCUGGUAGGAUAUGGUCACAUUGCUGCUGGUUUGACUGAUGAGUCGGACCUUGGAGUUGAGAAGGAUAGUGCAGUUGAGGGCCUGGUAAAAUGCCCUUGGUAAAUGGUCAAACCCAUCAGUGAUCUCGUAAUAGCUGAAAAACAGAACAUUCCACUACUUUAAUACACUACUUAACAAACACUAGAUGUAGGGCAGGGUGACUAAUUUGAUUGUAUGUGCAUAGUGGUGUUCUUACACAGUGUUGUCAUUGAUAUCCGACUGAAUAUACAGCAUCUCAGUAAGUGAUGCGUAGAAGAGGCUGUUCUCAUUCAGGAUAUCUCCAAUCAUGCGCAGGGCACCACGACUCAGGUUCCCCUCCUUCACUAGAUACUCCUGUCAGAAAACAACACUCAUUAAAAUGGCUGAAUAAAGAUAUUUAAAUACAUUUGUUCCCGUUUCUAGUAAGGAAAGUGGCAAAGUGCAUACCAAUUUAGAGUCUGACAAUAAUCCUGCAUCUUGUCUGAUGGUUACCUAUAAGCAACCAAGUGUUUUCUUACCUUGACUGAGUACGAGUCAUAUUUUCUCAACAUGGUCUCGCAGCCAGCUGUCUUCAUAUCAUCCCUUAUCUACAACAAAUAAUUUGUAUAAAUAAUUUGUUAUAACUGUGUUAUGUGACACAUACCUGUAUAUAACAACAUUUAACAUAUUACACAGUGUUCCACCACAGGAGUCUAAACAUGCUGACCAGACCGCGUGCGUGCGUCCGUGUGCGCCAUCUAAUUUAAUCAUUGGGUUGUUAUUUUACCUGAAAUGCACAAGGUCCUCUACUCCGACAAUUAAUCCACAGAUAAAAGUAUAAACAGAGUUCGUUUCUAGUAAUCUCUCCUCCUUCCAGGCUUCUUCUUUGGACUUUAUAUUGCGGUUGGCAACCAACUAUAUGGUGCAUUACCACCACCGACUGGAGUGUGGACCUCAGUUCAUCUUUCUUUUUUUUCUUUUUUUCUUUUUUUAUCCCCUUUUCUCCCCAAUUUUCGUGGUAUCCAAUCGCUAGUAAUUACUAUCUUGUCUCAUCGCUACAACUCCCGUACGGGCUCGGGAGAGACGAAGGUCGAAAGCCAUGCGUCCUCCGAGGCACAACCCAACCAAGCCGCACUGCUUCUUUAACACAGCGCGCCUCCAACCCGGAAGCCAGCCGCACCAAUGUGUCGGAGGAAACACCGUGCACCUGGCCCCCUUGGUUAGCACGCACUGCGCCCAGCCCGCCACAGGAGUCGCUGGAGCGCGAUGAGACAAGGAAAAUCCCUACCGGCCAAACCCUCCCUAACCCGGACGACGCUAGCCCAAUUGUGCGUCGCCCCAUGGACCUCCCGGUCGCGGCCGGCUGCGACAGAGCCUGGGGGCGAACCCAGAGACUCUGGUGGCGCAGUUAGCACUGCGAUGCAGUGCUCUAGACCACUGCGCCACCCGGGAGGCCCCUCAGUUCAUCUUUCAAUCACCCAUGUGGGUAUAUGCUCCUAAAAAACAAUGAGGAUAUGGGAGAGGUGGGACUUGCAGUGCAUCAAGCGUCACAAAUAGAACCAAGUUCUAUUUUAGUGCCUGGCUACGCAGAUGUUCUUUGACGCGCACAAGCUGUGUGGGUGCAAUGAUUGAAUAACAUGUCUACAAUUAUUUUGCAACGCGAAUGGUGGGUGCCCCCCCUCCCUUUGCACACACCUUCCACAGGGCCAAGUCAAAGAGCUGACCAGCCGAUUUUCCCCUUUCCUUGUCAGUCAAGGGAUAGUUCAGCACGUCUGGGUUCUCUUUAACCGUAUAUGUUUUCUGCAGCAACCCGUUCACAUGGUAAUAUGUGUUGAUGUCAUCCUGGAUAAAUGGAUUCAGUCCAAGGCCCAUUUUUGAUGAAAAUGAUAAAAGAAUUCUGUUGAAUUAAAAAUGCCAUAGUUAACAUUGUAUUGAUGGUUAAAGUACACUUGCUAUCAUUCUUAUGCAACUCUAUAGGACAUGCACCAGUAUCUGAUAAUGAUUCAUUUGAGAUAGGAUGCUUGACCUCUUUUGAACAAUAACAUAUGAAGACGGGAUAAGAGGUAGCUACUUAUUUCAUGUGGUAGGACAAUAGGCUUUACUCACUUGUGAAAGCUAGGGAUCCUCAUAGCACCCAGCUCUGCAUACCAUCCCUCUCUUCUAUUUCUGUAGGUCUCCACCCGUCCUCCAAUUCGAUCACUUGCCUCUAUUAAAGUCACCUUGUCCAAAAAAACAAACACUAUCAGUUUCCCCCUUUUGCACUGUAGGCCUAUUAUUAGUCAUAACCAGACAAUUACAAUACUGACACUAAAUUCCUUUCUCAGUAAGUAAAUUAGCAUAUGUCAAUGAUAUUAAUUGUGUUGACAUUGAUACAGUAAAUUAUACAAAAGAUACUGUACCUUGUGCCCUGCGUCCUCCAGAAACUUUGCUGCAGUCAGUCCAGCAAUACCACCACCGAUGAUGGCAAUAUGAUGAGGUGUCUUUGUGAAGGGAAGACCUCUGUUCACAAUUUCAAGGAGUUCGGCAUAGUCUGAAUCUUGCAGGCAGUCGAAAAGAGGAUCCUCAAUGUAUCCAUUGACACUGAAAACUAUGAUCACAACUAUAGCGACAGGAACUGGAAAAGAGCAAAAGUAAAUGUUUAAUAGGCCUGUAGGCUUACAAUAUAAAAAAACAUGUACAAAUGUAUUUUUAAAAGGGUUAUGGAGGGAUAUGUUAUUAAAGUAGAUGCAACAUACAUGAAUGGCAUACAGUCUACUGGGCUAUUCUUAUUUCCACCCCAAAUCACAAAACUAGAUCUAGAAUGACUUUUAGAAUGUCCUUGAACAUCCCCUUCACUACUUUCCAAUGAUUUGUAGGAAUUCAACAACAAGUUUUUACAAAAGCAGAAGUUAUUGUUUUGCAAUUAUACAUAGAUGAUUAGAUUUUUAUUUGUAUUUGCAUUGCCCCAUAAGGUGACGCAAUACAUUUUUACAAAUUCUUCAAAUAAACAAAAAUAUAGGCUAUGAACUUUGAACACAAGUCAAUUUGUCAUUAUAACUAAGCUAAAGUAAGAUGUGUUUAAUAAAAAGGAAAAUACUUACAAUAUUUGCCCAACGCCACAAAGGGUAUCAUCUUGACUCCUAAGCCCAGAGUCCUUGCUUUCCCCCUUCUAGUGAUGCUGACGCCCACCGGAGAAAUAGAAACCUAAAGCGAAAUGUGGAGGCAAGUACUGUAGCCUAGAUAAUGUGAUUGACUUUGUUUUACUAAUAUUAUAUAUGUUAUAUAAUAUUGAACCCCACCCCACCAAUAUUAAGUUACACAUUUGUUUUCGUUGCUUAUUAAAUUAAGAUAUUAACAUUAAUUUGCGAAUCAUGCAUAUCAUAACGACUUACCUUAAAACACCUAUAUAUGAAUACAUUAAUUUGCGAAUCAUGCAUAUCAUAACGACUUACCUUAAAACACCUAUAUAUGAAUACAUCAUUAGGCCUACACACUUAAACUGAUACAGGUAGGCUACCUUUAUUGGAGACCACUCACCUUCAUCAUUGGAAACUUCUCAAAAGCGAUAUGCAUGAAUGAAACAAAUAUCUCUGAGCUAUAUAGUUUAGCUCUAUUACUUAGCCUAAAUCUUUUCUAGGAUUCUUACACAUGGAAUGUGUGAAAUUGCACCCAACGUAUGUUAAUGAGUGACCUACGUGGGCUCAUGAGUUCGGAAAUUAAUAUUUUCCCACACCAGCUCGAGAUUCAACCACACUGAACAAAUUAGAUCAGUGAGGUUUACUAUUCACCAGCACACCUAUUUUCCCCCUUCCCACCAUAUGUUUUAUAGUGCAUGUUCGUGUCACCUGAAGUUCACCUUGCCUUACCUAACGUGAUAUAGAGAAAUUGUAUUUUAAGAUUCGAAGAUAAGAUUCUAUAGUGAGAUAUAUUUAAUUGGAUACAUACAUUGACGAUUAGGUUAAAUCAAUCAGAACGUCUACUCACCUUAGUGUGAUGUCAAAUGAUAAGCCUGUCUUCGUUUAUAGUGCAGGAGGAGUGCAAUCGAAAGUAAACGUGAAGGUUUCAAAAGGGUUACAUCAUUGGAAUUCCUUUAUUUCCGUUAAUAGAGAAUUGGAUACAUAUAAAAAGCCGUUUGAUAAGCCUUAAUGAAUGCGAUGUAAACAGUCAGCAACACAUUAACUGUGAUAAUGCAAUGAAUGUGCUCCACAAUGCACCUUUCAACAUGCAUAAUAACUCGAUUGGUAUAUUACUCUUUAUAACAAAAAUGAUAAACAGAAAAAGAACAAGACGAAAGUAAAUCUCCCAAAAUGUUUCGUACUUCCUUAACAGCAUUAAUGCAUCCCAAUGGCACCCUAUUCUAUACAUUGCGCUGUGAGUCCUGGUCAAAAGUAGUGUACUACAAAAAAAAGUGUCAUUUGGGUUGGGUAAAAGUAGUGUACUACAAAGGGAAAAGGGUAUCAUUUGGGAAGCAACGCUAAAACAUUGACGUUCACCUGGCUUUUAUUGUAUUGGGUGUUGUAGACAGAUUGGCAUUUGAGCCUUAUUAAAGCUAGAAUACUUAAUUGAAACAAUAACAAAGCGAACCCCGCAUCUGUUUUAGUAAAAAGCUAAGCGACGGCGAAAUAUAACCACUCUCAAAUGUAUUAAGAUCACUUUAUUGGUAAAUUGCACACAAGUUCCAACCGAAAUUUGACAUCCGUUUUUAACCCAACCCCUCCGAAAGACACACAUACAGGUUUUGGAGAGGUGCGGUGGGCACCGGGAAGCUGUUGUUGCCUUGGUCAAGGGUACAACGGCAGGCAAUGGCAUCUAGGAUUUGAUACCAGCAACCCUCCAGUUGCCAACUCACUUCCCACAAUAUGUUUCCUAUCGGUAUGGAUGCAAGGACUGACCAUCCAUUAUAUCAAAAUUAUAGUUUUAAUAUGUUUUGAGGCUAUACAGGGUUUGUUAACAUUUACAUUGUUUAUAAACAUUUCAGUAAAACAAGCUUAUAUUUGGGGUUUUGAUAGGGUACAAUAAUUGAACUAAGCGCAUUAGGCCUUUAUAAGUUAUAUUCUUCAAGAAUCAAUGCGUUUAUAUCCAGUGGUGUAAAGUUAAGUAAAAAUACUUUAAAGUACUACUUUAGUCAUUUUUGGGGGUAUCUGUACCUUACUAUUUAUAUUUUCGACUACUUUUACUUCACUACAUUCCUAUAAAAAUUAAUGCAAUUUUUACUCCAUACAUUUUCCAUGACAUCCAAAAGUACUUGUUACAUUUUGAAAGGAUCCAAGUCCACUUCAUACACUUCUCAAGAGAAAACCCCUGGUCAUCCCUACUGCCUCUGAUCUGGUGGACUCACUAAACACAAAUUAAUGCUUUGUUUGUAAAUUAUAUCUUAGUGUUGGAGUGUACCCCUGGCUAUCCACCAAUAUAUACAUAUAUAUUUUUUUAAAUUAUUAUUGUGCCAUCAGGUUUGCUUAAAAUAAGGAAUUACAAAUGAUUUAUACUUUUACUUUUGAUACUUAAGUAUAUUUUAGCAAUUGCAUUUACUAUUGAGACUUAAGUAUAUUUAAAACCAAAUACUUAGAUUUUUACUCAAGUAGUAUAUUACUAGGUGACUUCCACUUUUACUUUAGUCAUUUUCUAUUAAUGUAUCUUUACUUUUACUCAAGUAUGACAAUUGAGUACUUUUUCCACCACUGUUUAUAUCAUUCAUGUCUAAGUUCACAAAUGGAUGUAGCCUUUAAGGAUUCUAGAUUUAAGCAUUUCCCACACUACAUUGUGCCACAUUGACGUUCUUUGUGGCAUAUUUUUCAGGUUAUCUGAGCAGCCGCUGAACACUAGAAUAGAUUCUUUCAACAGCCAAAAUAGAGCCACAUGAGUCAAAUCAAAUCCAAUGUAUUCAUCACAUACACCGUUUACAGCAGGUAUAAAAGGUCUGAGCGAUAUGACGGCUGCGUGGUCGCAUGGUGUUUAUACUUGCGUACUAUUGUUUGUACAAAUGAACGUGGUACCUUCAGGCGUUUGGAAAUUGCUCCCAAGGAUGAACCAGACUUGUGGAGGUCUACAUUUUUUUUUUCUGAGGUCUUGGCUGAUUUCUUUAGAUUUUCCCAUGACGUCAAGCAAAGAGGCACUGAGUUUGAAGGUAGGCCUUGAAAUACAUGCACAGGUACACCUCCUAUUGACACAAAUUAUGUCAAUUAGCCUAUCAGAAGCUUCUAAAGCCAUGACAUAGUUUUCUGGAAUUUACCAAGCUGUUUAAAGGCACAGACAACUUAGUGUAUGUACUUCUGACCCAUUGGAAUUGUGAUACAGUGAAUUAUAAGUGAAAUAAUCUGUCAAAUAAUUGUUGGAAAAUGUACUUGUGUCAUGCACAAAGUAGAUGUCCUAACCGACUUGCUAAAACUAUAGUUUGUUAACAAGAAAUUUGUGGAGUGGUUGAAAAACGAGUUUUAAUGACUCCAACCUAAGUGUAUGUAAACUUCCGACUUCAACUGUAUUCACACGCACAGUACCAGUCAAAAGUUUGGACACAGCCUACUCAUUCCAGGGUUUUUCUUUAUUUAACUAUUUUCUACAUUGUAGAAUCAUAGUGAAGACAUCAAAACUAUGAAAUAACACAUAUGGAAUCAUGUAGUAAGCAAAAAAGUGUUAAACAAAUCAAAAUAUAUUUUAUAUUUGAGAGGCCACCUUUUUCCUUGAUGACAUCUUUGCACACUUUUGGCAUUCUCUAAACCAGCUUCAUGAGGUAGAUACCUGGAAUGCAUUUCAAUUAACAGGUGUGCCUUGUUAGAAGUUAAUUUGUGUAAUUUCUUUCCUUAAUGCGUUUGAGCCAAUCAGUUGUGUUUUGACAAGGUAUCAGUAUUAUACAGAAGAUAGCCCUAUUUGGUAAAAGACCAAGUCUACAUUAUGGCAAGAACAGCUCAAAUAAGCAAAGAGAAACGAUUACUUUAAGACAUGGAGGUCAGUCAAUGCAGAAAAUGUCAAGAACUUUGAAAGUUUCUUCAAGUGCAGUCACAAAAACCAUCAAGCGCUAUGAUGAAACUGGUUCUCACGAGGACCGCCACAGGAAAGGAAGACCCAGAGUUACCUCUGCUGCAGAGGAUACGUUCAUUAGAGUUAACUGUACCUUACAUUGCAGCUCAAAUAAAUGCGUCACAGAGUUCAAGUAACAGACACAUCUCAACAUCAACUGUUCAGAAGAGACCGCGUGAAUCAGGCCUUCAUGGUUGAAUUGCUGCAAAGAAACCACUACUGAAGGACAGCAAUAAUAAGAAGAGACUUGCUUGGGCCGAGAAACACAAGCAAUGGACAUUAAACCGGUGGACAUAUGUCCUUUUGGUCUGAUGAGUCCAGGCCUCAGAGGAGAAGUCCAGGCCUCAGAGGAGAAGUGGAGGCUGUGGGUGCCCACAGAAUAUUCUACCAGGUGCAUCCAUUCAAGAUUCUGGUAAGGACUGUUCAAGGAAUGUGGAUUUUUUUAGUAGUGGUGGAUGGGUAAACUUACAUGAUGACACCGCUCACAAUAUUGUUCAUUGGCCCAUCAGUUCAAAACAGGAACCAAGUUCUUACAUCAACCUUGGCUCGUGAUAGUGGAUGUUUGCGUCAUGACCGCUUUCUGUUCUUCCCGGCAGUAUCUGUCUGUGCGUCAUUUAUUGUGAAAUGCUGUUUUUUACUGUACUUUUCAUAAAAACAGGAUUUGCUGCUUUUCUUACUUAGUUUAAGUUCAGUUACUGGCCCUGAAUGUGCAGUGUUUUGGAAUGUGAACAGCACAGAAGGUUAAGGUCCUCUAACUGUUAAGAUCUUGUAAGAUAUUGUCUCCAAUCCAGUGAAUGGCCUUAGAAAAAAUGGGUGAUCCCAUUGACUUCAUAUGGAAGCAAUCUCCCAAGACUUGACAUUGGAAUGAGUAUGUCCCUUUUAAUUGAAUCCAAAUUGCUGGGGCUUCCAUGUUUAAAGUCUGCUCAUUGUCUUGUCUGAAGGAGACAUGUUUCAGAUGUGGGCCAGACUUUGAUGGUGAGCCGUCUGGCUCCCUCUCGCUGACCAGACAGGUCUGAAACAUCCUGUUCCAGAUCUCUCCAGAACAUUUCAAGGGUGAAAGGUAAACAACCGGAAUCCUGUGACCAGCAUACUCCUGAAGUACUAUAAUGUCACCACGAGAGGGAAGUCUUGGCAAACAUUUGUUGGGGGUAUUUAAAAGAGAAAUUCCUUUAUUGUCUAUGCUGAGAAAUCUGUCCACGAGCAAGAGGUUACAGGUUGUGUCAAUGUUUGACAUUGUGCGGAUCAUAGGUUUUUCUUUUUUGACAGAUUCCCUCUGACAAAUUUUUUGUCAAUAAUGUUGAAGACAUACAGUAGAUAUCUAACACUUACAUGAGGCUUUAUUGCUUUGAGAUUUUCAUAUUUCAUAGCCAGAAUGCUAUUUAGUAUUUUUAGUUGAAAAUGAGAUGCAAUUGCUCUCUAAAUGAUGUUACUUUGGACCACUGCUAAUGCAUGGUAAAUAGUGAUACAUAAACAAGGCUUCAAACCUAUGGUUUUUAAUGUGCUUGUUUUAAGCAUGUGUGCUACUUAGUAAAGUGUGUGUGCAUGCGUGUCAUUUACUUGUAUGUGUGUGUGUGUCAUUUGCUUGUGUGUGUGUGUGUGUGUUUUGUGGCACUGUCCACAAUGGUGGAGACGGCCCUAGCUGACUUGGCCCUAGACAUCAUGUGUCUGCUGUUGAAGAACCAGUGGAGCUGGCUGUGCACCGACAACAUCCAGAAGACUAUCCGGCUGCUGUUUGGAACCCUCAUUGACAGCUGUGAAGGAGCGGUGGAGGAAGACCCCAUUGCAGGCGCCCAGCUUUUGUUUGAGUCCACUGCACUGGUGGAGGCUGUGUGGCCGGGGGGCAGCCUACCAGCCCAGCUCCGCCCGGCGCAUAGCCACCAACAGGAGGAGGACACCAAGCAGCAAUCCCUGCACUGCCUCAUGAAACUACUACCAGAUCUGCUCUCAGAAAUGCUGGGCUCGGACAAAUACAGACUAAGCUGGCAGACUGCACUGGAAUCUCUGCAGAACCCUUACAUAAACAGACACCUGGUCUACUGUAUCUGGGACCUUUUCCUCAAGUUCCUCGUCCCUGAAACAUCUGAGGAAAACCUUCAGAAAACCCUGCUGCAAAGUCUCUCCAAAAACGCAGAGAAACUACCACCAUGAAAGUCGUGGGAGAGAUACUGGGGUACACACGCACACGCACACACGUUUAAUCAACUGUCAGUGAAUAGACCUUGAUGAAAGUCCAGCCUAAUGUAUCUGGAUAAAUUCCAUUAUUCAUGUUUCCCCACCUUUAACUCUGACAUUUUGGACCAGAGGUCAUCCGGGUAUGUCUCUGAUUUAGUCCAUAACAUUUGUGGGUCUCAAACAUCGGCCACACAUCCGGAGCAGCUUUGAUUACCCAACACCUGUUUUCUGUUUGAUCAGAAUAUGUGUCGGAUCUCCAAAAGCCCAAACACACGUAUGUGUGGGAAAAGCCACAGUCCCAAACUUCCCAAAUCCAUCCUUUUUCCUGCUUCCUAAAGCCUCCAGCUUUGGACCAAACUCAUUUCAGAUUGACUCCACACCAACAUGAACCCUUGUGGUCUGUCUAUAUUCUAUUGGAGAAGUCCAAUUAGAUUGUUUCCCCACAUCAGGCUUACUGUGUCGUGCUUUGCCCUUUCGGGAUGACUUGCCUAUGUGUUCCCCGUUAUAUGCCGCUAUUCCUUUUGAUCCCUUGGCUCUACACCAAGCUGCACAUGUGCUGUGUUGCAUUAAUACUCUACUCCCUCACUCCUGAGGCCUGGCUCGUACUGAUAUGGCCCACUGACAUGUUUCUGUUAAAGUGGUCACUCAUACGUUUUGAACUUAUGAUGAAGGCCACUGCACUUUAAAGCGCUUGAUAGCCACUUUUCCCAUGGGCCUGACAUGGUUGUUUUAAAUAAUAUAUGCUACACGUACAUGCAAUUUUCAGUGGUCUCUCUGCUACUUUUUAAAAUGAUGAUACAUUUUAUGAGUACCACCAACACAGUGAAUGGGAAAAUGGAUUCAAAGGGAACUCCCUCUGCUGGUGAUUUGCUGAAUGUGCAAUCAUACUGGAGGGCUGUGAUUGGUUAAUGGCCUAUAAUGUACAUUUUUAUGUAUAGCGUUUAUAAUUUCUUUACAAGUAGCAGAGAGCCCACUCUGGAAAUGUGAUGUUUUUGAAGAGUAUAUUGUUUCAAACAGUAUGUUUAAAAAUAAGCUAAAUCAAAAAGAGCACAUUUGAGAUAUUAAUAAUAUUAUUGUUAAUGUUAAAACAAAUAAUGUGGAAAAAUGUAUUUCAGAUUAUAGCCAUAAUGAAUAUUUCAGAGGAGUAUAAUGACACUGUAACGGGUGACGCUCUCCUCAUCCUCGGAUGAGGUGAGGAGAGAAGGAUCCUCAGACCAAAACGCAGGCUUUGGGAAAUAAGCCAUCUUUAUUUAACAAAGAUGAUGGCAACACGAAACGAAACAAACACUUUCCAAACUACAAAAUAACAAAACGACGUUGAACGAAACCUGAACAUAAACUUACAUAACUAAACAUAAACUUACGUGCAGGAAACGGACGACAUCGAAACGAAACGAAACAAACAAACGCUACAGUCCCAUGUGGUACGAACAUACAUACAGACAUAGGAGACAAUCACCCACAAACA